GCGCCUGCACGCCUCUUGCCGGCCGCACAGCGAGUGGCGCCGGCCGAGGCCGCCACCACCGCAUCAUCCACGCGACUCAUCGCCAGUGGCAGCAGCAGCAACUACAAGUUUCACCCAUGCGCGGGCGACUCGGUUGCGUCAACCGGGAGCAACGUCGCUUGCAGUCGCAAGCGACUCGGCGUCUGCCGCUGCUCAGAUUCGGAUGAGUGUGGAGAAGCGCUGCAUGGCGAACACUACGAUAUUGAGCGCCUCUCCUCUGGGCGCUUCAAAGCCACCUCUCUACUCGGCCGCGAUAAAGAGGCCACACGGAGGAGGUGGAGGAGGUGGUGGUGGCCUCCACUGGCCCAACGGCACCACGGGUCUGCCUCGUUCGGGCUUCGCGUCCGUGGACGGAGUGAGCCUCGGCUACCUGCUGGUCGGCGGCGCACAGAUGUUCGCCCUGUCGCAGGUGUUCACCGACCUGCUCAAGAACAUCCCGCGCACCACGGUGCACAAGCGCAUGGACCACCUGAACGUGACGAAGCACUACUGCGACCUGCAGGGCCUGCGCGAGCUCAAGGAGAUGCGCUCCAUCGCCUUCCACGCCGCCAAGUGCACGCUUAUCUCGCGCAGGGACGUUGAAGCUCUCUACCGCUCGUGUCGCUCCGAGCGAGUGCUCAGGACUAAGAGGCGCAGAGUCCAACAGAAGCAGCAGCAGCAGCAGAAGAAGCAGCAGCAAAAGCAGCAGCAGCAGCAGCAACAGCAGCAGCAAGAGCUGCAGCUGCAGCAGCAGCGGUGGUCACGAACUCUCCCCGCCGAAGACGCGACCUCAUUCAGCGACUGCAACUCAAACUCCUCGGCGAAGGAAAACCGUCUCGGUGAGGAUGCAGGGAGCGUCUUGCUCGUCCACCACCAUCAGCAGCACCACCACCCGCAACACAACCACCACCACCACCACCCGCAGCAGCAGCACAACCACCACCACCACCGCGCUCCCCCGAAGCUUUCCGCGCGGCGCGUUUCCCCGACGGUGGACGCGGCGUGGCCGGGAGGCGGCGGCGGCGGCUUCGACUGGCGGCCUCUACUCCUCGGCUCCGCGCCUCCAAGUUCCUCCUCCUUCGCGGCGGUGGCGGCCGCGGCCGCGGCGGCGGCGUCGUCACCGGCGCGAGGCACCGUGGCCGUCGUGAACCGCUCCGUCGUGCAGGUGUCGGCAUCUGCGUCGCUGACGACGACGACGACGAUGAUGAUGAUGAUGCCGAGCGACAGCACGAUCACGGCGGCGUCCGCUGGCGCGCCGCUCGGCUACUGCCUGACGGGUUCCUCGCGCAGGACGGCGGCGGCGCCGGGCGAGGUGCUCGUGGAGACGUCCUCCUCGUUCGCGCAUCCGCCAGCGGGAAAAGUUGCGCCCAGUCAGCAGCAGCAGCUCCGGCGGCGGCAGCAGCAGAAGAGGAAGAAGCGCCACCGCGCGGAGGAGGUGGACAAGGUGGCAACCUUUGUUCCCGGAUUAACGCGGCAGAGAGGGCAGCCGCUCGCCUGCGCCCCGGCGGCGAGGGGUCACGGCGGCGGGCAGCAGCAGCAUCAGCAGCAGCAUCAGCAGCAUCAUCAGCAGCGGCAUCAGCAGCGGCAGCAGCAGCAGCGGCAGGCGGCGUGGGGCGCAGCGCGGGAGGAGGAGGAGGCGCGAGUCGCGCGCAACGCGUGCAGCGUCGCAGGGACGGACUCCGACUCCGAUGAUGAUGAUGACGAUGAUUACUGUGACGAUGAUGAUGACGAGGAGGCUGCGGCGGCGGAAGAAAGUUUAGACAGCGACCGUGUUUACGAUUACAACGAGCCAGGCGAGACGGCAGGAGGGGGGUGCAGGAGGGUGAGACCGGCCAAACGAAAAGGCGGCGGCAGUGGCGGCGAUGCUCGUGUUUACCACUACGAUUACCACGAAGCCGACGGCGAUGAAGAGGACGAUGAUGAUGACGAUGAUGGUGAUGAGGAUGACUCCACGUUCUGCUCCACCUCGGAGGCGACAUCGGCGAGUGACGACGACGAGGAUGACGACGAGGAUGACGACGAUGAGAACGACAUGGACGCCGCCUCUUCCGACUCGGCCUCGAGUCGGGCCUCGAUGCAGAGCAUCCGAUUCCGGCACCCGGGCCCCGCGGCGCUCGGCGCUGGGAACGCUUACGGCGGGGGCGCGUUCCAGCAGCAACAACAACAGCAGCAACAGCAGCAACAGCAGCAGCAGCAGCAGCAGCCCUUGUUUGGGGGUCUCGCUGUGUCCCCCGCGGGGCCCAGGGGAAGCGUGUGGGGGGAGCGCAGCGCCGCCGCCGCUCCGAGUUUCCACGCCCUCCUCCUGCGGGGCGAAGCGCGGCCCACGGCCCCCUCCCUCCUCCACGUCGCCCCCGCCGCUGGACGCCCGCGCCGCGGCUUGCCGGCUCGCUCGCUCCGCGGUGGCGAGCGGGCUGGUCUCGACGGCGUUGCCGACGAACGGAAGAAGGAUUACAACGGUGGUGGUGGUGGCGGUGGUCACGUAACCAAGAAGGAUUACGGUGGUGGUGAGCGGAAGAAUGGUGGCGAUUAUGAAGAUCGUAAGAACGGUAACGGUGUUGGUGGUGGUGAUGAGCAUGACGAGGAGGAGGAGGAAGAGAAAGUUAAUGAGCGGAAGUUACGGAAGAUGUCUCGGAGCGCUGCUGAUGAGCGCGGAGGGGCGCGAAUCGCGGUUGCCGUCAAAUCCGCGCCGCGUCGGACGCGAGUCGAGCAGCAGCGGAACGCGCGCGGGAGGUCGCGGCCGUCCGGCAGCAGAAGAGACGCCGGAGUGUUCCAGCGGUCUUCCUCGUUGUUCCCAUCAUCAGUGCCAUCGUCAUCAACAACAGCAUCAUUAUCAUCAGUGCCAUCAUCAUCAACAACAGCAUCAUCAUCAGUAUCAUCAUCAUCAACAAAAGCAUCAUCAUCAGUGCCAUCAUCAUCAACAAAAGCAUCAUCAUCAGUGCCAUCAUCAUCAACAACAUCAUCAUCAUCAGUGCCAUCAUCAUCAACAACAACAUCAUCAUCAUUGACGUCAUCAUCAACAAAAGCAUCAUCAUCAUCAGUGCCAUCAUCAGCAACAACAACAACAUCAUCAUCAUUGACGUCAUCAUCAACAAAAGCAUCAUCAUCAUCAGUGCCAUCAUCAUCAACAACAGCAUCAUCAUCAUCAGUGCCAUCAUCAUCAACAACAACAUCAUCAUCAUUGACGUCAUCAUCAACGACGUUAGCAUCAUCAUCAUGGACAUCGUCACUGUCAUCAUCGUCGUCGUUGUUGUUGAUUAAGACGACGGCGGCGGCAGGGGUUGUUGAUGGCCACGCUGCCCUACGCGCUGCUCGGAAAAGGCGGAGAGCUGCCGCUGUCGUCGUUUCUGACGACGAUGGCGACGAUGUCGCUGUCGCCGCUACGGCUGGCUCUGUCGCCCGUGCUGCUGCUAAUCUCGUCACCGCUGCUGCUGCCACCGCUGCUGUCACUGCUGUCGCUGUGCCCUCUGCUCCUGCUGUAGCUGCUGCUGCUGCCGCCGCCGAUUCUAAAGUUGAACGUCAGCUGUGCGUGAGAGCAGCGCAACCUCGACCUCCGAGGAGGAGGAAAGGGUCAAAGACCCUGGAAACCUCGACCAGAGGCGAGACGCUCGCUCGGGGCUCCAGCCCAGAGAUGCCCGAAAUCAGCAGCAGCAGCAGCAAGGCUAGCAACAGCCUCAGUAGAUGUUGUAACAGCAACAGUUGUUGUUGUUGUCGUAGCAGUAGUAGUGUUCGCCACGGUAAUGCCGCCACCUCGACUACCUCAAAGCAAGCGAGCACGCGACCUGAACGCACUUUAAGCGCACACACCUCGUGCAAGGGGGCGCAACCAGCGGGCACGUGUUGCAAAGGGCAGACGCGGGGAGAUAGAGCUCGUGUUGGCAGGGCUGGCGAAGGUAAGGUGAGUGAAGGCAUGGGUAGUGGGGGCAAGGGUAGUGGGGGCAAGGGUAGUGGGGGCAAGGGUAGUGGGGGCAGGGGUGGUGAGAGUAGAGUUAGUGAAGGUCGGGUUAGUGAGAGUAGAGUUAGUGAUGGUAAUGGUAGUGAAGGUAGGGUUAGUGAAGGCCGGGUUAGUGAGAGUAGAGUUAGUGAUGGUAAUGGUAGUGAAGGUAGGGUUAGUGAAGGCCGGGUUAGUGAGAGUAGAGUUAGUGAUGGUAAUGGUAGUGAAGGUAGAGUUAGUGAAGGUAGGGUUAGUGAUGGCAGGGAUAACACAGGUCGGGACCUUAAGCGUAGGACUAUUGAUUAUCGGCCUCGUGAAGGCAGGGCCGGUAAAGCCGGGGCCCGUGAACCACGACCCCAGGAAGAGAUGUCUCGUCAAGACGGGAGCCGUGAGGACCGGGAGGUGGCAGAGAGGGCUCACGAAUGCAUACCUCACGGCCAAAGGGCCACUACAGACAAGGCCCAUAAACAGAGCAACAGCGAAACAAAUGUUCGGGCAGACGUGGACGGGCAUCGCGAAGAUUCGAGUCCACGAGACGCGAGGCGAGGAGACGGGGCUCGUGAAGGCGGCGCUCGUGAAGCGGUUCGUGAUAAAGAGAGGACUCGGGGAGAUCGGAACCGUGAGCACAGGAACCACCAAGACGGGGCUGGAGAAGACAACACUCACAAAGUCAGGAGUGGAGCGGAGAAGAGUGGAGCAAAGCGGAGUGGAGCAGAGCGGAGUGGAGGAGAGAUGAUUAAAGCGGAGAGAAUUGAAGCAGAGAGGAGUGGAUGGGAGAGUAGUGAAGGAGAGAAGAAUGGAGUGGAGAGGAGUAGAGGAGAGAGGAGUGGAUGGGAGAGUAGUGAAGGAGAGAAGAAUGGAGUGGAGAGGAGUAGAGGAGAGAGGAGUGGAUGGGAGAGUAGUGAAGGAGAGAAGAAUGGAGUGGAGAGGAGUAGAGGAAGAGGAGGAGACCGGGUGCAGACGCGAUCAUCGAGGCACAGGGCGGGCCCUGCCGGCCUCGUCUCAGGGAACGCGGCCGAUCCGUGCACCGCGACCUCUUCGCCAGCGGCGCGCUCCUCCGGGCCGAGGAAGCGCAAAGCGACGGCGGCAGCGGCGGACGUGGCGACCGCGGCGGUGGCCAGUGCGGCGGCGCUGGGCAAGAGGGCCUUCGACUUGAUGGGGAAUUUCGCGUCCCCGGCGUCGUUGGUGGUGGGCUCCGACGGGGACCUGUGCCCCGCCUACUCCGUGAGCUGCUCUCAGGGUCACAGCGGCCACCCCGUGUGGAGGUGGCGCCUGGGGGGGGCUGUGCUGCCUUUGCCCCCCAGCCACAGAUUCAGGCGCUUCGACUCGUGAGGGGGGCGCCGUGGCCGUCGGCGACUCCCCAGAACCGCGCGCAUCUCUACGUCCGUGGUGCUUUGUUUAUAUAUGUGUGUGUGUGUGGACGUAUGUGCGACACGAACUAAUUAAUGGCUCCGCGCGUAAUUAUUUGCACGGUGGUCUGGGUGCUCGACUCUCAAUCGCGAAGGUUGCGAGUUUGUUGACGUGAAUCAUCUCGGCGAGCGAGUGGGGGGUGGGGGGGGAGGUUCGCGUCGCUUGGCCAAUCAUCCCUGCAGGGUCGGGGAGAGUGGGAGAGACUGGCCGCCCGCCAUGCGAAUGUGGAAUUUCCACUUUACUGCUGACCUCUGGGUCACCAACGCUUGAACAGGAAGACACUUUCUCUUCUUCUACGUCGUGUGACUAUUUGAAUAGCACCAGGGCUAGAGGACCGUCGAUGAUGAUGAUGAUGGUGAAGAUGAUGAUGGUGAUGAUGAUAGUGAUGGUGAAGAUGAUGAUGGUGAUGAAGGUGGUGGUGGUGGUGGUUAUGACAGUGCAACACAGAGACUGUUUUCUUUCCUUUUGGGUUUUCAUACUGCGGUGUAAAUCAGGGUUGACCUAUGAACUACUGAUCCACGGUGCCUACGUCAUUACAAUUGAUGCCUCGACUGGGUCUGUCCGAUGCCCCACGUGGGCCCGUCGGAGCCGCGACGCUUUCGGGCAGACUCGGGUCACUGGUGUUUGUCGAAUCGAGAACAGCGUGCUUGAUUUUUUCUUAUUGUAAUAAUAAUUAUUAUCAUGGUAAUAAUCAUGAUGAUGAUUUUUUUGUACGUAAUUUAUUAAUGCCAAUGACAAUUGUGUUUGGUGUGCUUGCGAUAUUGAAUUUUUUUUUACACUUUAAAAGCGAUUCAAUUGAUCUCCUUGUUAUUUAUUUGUUGUUAUUGUUUCAUUUCGGUGUUUUGAUAGAAGCUACAAUUCUUGACUAUGUUUUGUUUAUUUGUUUGUUUUUCCCCCCUCUCUGCGCGAGAAAUUUGAAUUAAAGAGAAUGGGUUAUUUUUUA